CUUAGCGACUGAGUAGCCAAGUAAUGGUAUCAAUUUUUUCAAAUUAUUUUGAGAAUACAUCAAUUUUAGAUGUAAUUCAAGUAUAUUACAGCAGUAUUAUUUUAUACGUAUCAGAUUUUUUUGAAGUUGCCCGUGACAAGGAAGUAUUUACCUACUUGGAAAUUGUGGGAAAUAUAUUUGAUGAUUUUCAGUGGAAAUUCUUACAGAUCUUAUUCGGAUUAAUACUGUUUAAUCUCAUAUCGAUUCUCAUUGUCUGGAAAUAUUUCGGUGACUCAAUUUAUGAGCGGUUCAUGUCCAAUCCUACACUACGAGAAAUCGAAGAGCUUAAAGCCAGUGUUUCAAAGUUAAAACUUCCAAAAGAACAUACACCUAGGAUUUAAAAUUCCUAUUAAUAUGGCGGAGAAAAUAAAGAAAUUCUUUGCCAAGAAAAAGGCAGAUGCUAAGUUCAAACUUGCUGGUCCGGGGCAUAAAUUAACUGAAUCAUCAUCAACUGCAUCAAAUCAGAGUAAGCCAAGCAAGGGUGCAUAUGUGCCACCUAAAGUUGAACCUACAGAAGCUGCAAGACAAGCUGCUGAAGCUGCAUUGGUUCGAUUACAGGGACAGAGGAAAGAUACAGCUUUCAAUACGUCGUUUGCAGCAAUUCAAGCUAAAGUAAGAAAAGAAUUGGAGGCGGAAACUAAAAAUCAAAACCAACCGCAAGUUCCUGGGUCACCAACAAAGAGUACAGAUGAUUAUGAGUGUUCCCAUCACUUGGCUGUUAAAGGUGUAUAUUUCAAGUGUCCAUUAAUUAGUGAUGAAGUGUUGCCCAAAGAAGAAUGGAAAGUAAAAAUAAAAGAAUUUUUGUUUAAUACAUUGGAAGAGGAAAGAGGAAUGACAUCUGUACUGCUUAUAUAUUCUUGCAAUUACAACAGAACUAAGGUAACCGAUUGUGUGAAUGUUUUAAUAAGAUACAUAGACAACAUACUAGCGAAUCCAGAAGAAACCAAAUUCCAUAAAAUUAGAUGUUCAAAUGCCACUUUUUGUGAUAAAGUAAUGCCUGUUUUGGGUGCACUAGAUUUUCUAAAUGCAGCCGGUUUCAGAGACCAGAAAAUCGAUAAUAACGGCACAGAAGAGAACUUUUUGGUGUGGUCGGUGGAAAACAUUGAUGGGUUAGAAACAUUGCAAUUUCUACGAGAUACUCUAAAGGCAGAGGAAAGGGUGGACCUCGAGAUAGAUAGAAAUAUUCAAGUGUUGUCGCCAGCUCAAGCAGCAGAGAGGAAUGAAUUGCCCCAAGAUUUCUUUGCAAUGACCGCUGAAGAACUAAAGAAGGAGAGACAACAGAGGUCGGAACAAUUGGAGAAACAAUUACAAUUGCGAACUAAAGCCAUGCGUGAAAAGGAUGAAAUUCGGGAAAUUAAAAAAUACAAAUUUUGUCUAAUUAGGAUAAGAUUUCCAGAUGGUUUAUUCCUACAGGGAACUUUUUCAGUGUAUGAAAAAUUCUCUGAAGUUGUUGAAUUCGUCAAAGAAAAUUUGGAGCACGAAGGUUUGCCUUUUGUCCUGUCACUUUCCACGGGCCAUCGAUUAGAAGAAAGUGACAAAGACAACACUCUAAUGGAUCUCCGUCUAGUCCCCGCUACGAUUCUUCUAUUCCAAUGGGACGCCUCGAUCGAAAAUGAUCUGAAAGCUGCAGGAGGGAAUACCGCUUAUCUAAAACCAGAAAUCAUGUUGUUGGUUCAGUCAUUAUAAAAGUCCUAUUACUAAUUUAUACCUAAUUAAAGAGUCGAAUGUUAAAUUCAACAAUUUCUAUGGUUUUAUUCAUAAUGUAUAAAUUGUUGAAUUUUAGAGUGUAUCUGUAAUGUUGAUGCUUAAGUAUAUUUUUUGUGAUAUAGAUAUUCUAACAGCCUUUAAUUAUUAUCAUUCAUAUGAUCCAAGUCACUGUGUUCUUUUGUUGAUUAUACGUAUUUUUACUAUUAUAAUUUACAGCAAUGAAA